AUGGAUUUUCCGAAAUUAUUGAAUAAGCCUUCAUUAGAUUUAUUAAAGAAUGAUUUUCCUCUCUCCAGUAAAUUUGAGCUCGAACACAGCAGUAUUUCAAAACAUCCAUUUUUAAAGAGUGGUUUUACCUUUUCGAAUAACACAUAUAGUAUAUAUACCAAUUUCAAAAAUAAUAUUUACAAUACCAAAAAUGAAAUAAAAUUUGAUAACUCUGGAAUAAGCUUGCUAGAUAUAAAAUAUGAACCUGGUUUUAUAAAGAACCUAAAUCUUUGUGGAAAAUAUACCAAAACUAAUGGAAAAGAAGAUGACACUUUUGAAGUUUAUAGUGAAUAUACUACAGAUAAUAUGAACAUAUUUUCAUCUGUAAAUGUUAGAAAUUUUGCUUUUAAAUAUAUUCAUGUCAGUUCACAUCCAAAAUUUAGAAAUUUUAAAUUCGGAGGUUUACUUGAAGGAAAUAUGGAUAUAAAUAAUUUGCAGUAUUCAUUUGGUGGUUCAUAUACGAAGCAACACAAAGAUAAUUUAUACAUAUUUUCCCUAAGAUCAAUCCCAAGUAAUAAGCACUUUUAUGGAUCCUUAGCUCUUAAUUUAUUUUUUCAAAACAAGAGUAUAAACGACAAUGCAAUAAGUGUAGAAGUUGUUCAAAAUAUAAUGGAAAAAAAAGCAAAUAUAAAUGUUGCUUCAAUAUGGUAUCUUGAUAAUAAAAAUACAUUUGUAAAAACCAAAAUAAGCAACGAUACUAAAGUUGCCUUAUCCUUAACACACAAAUAUAAUGAAUUUGUGACAAUAACCCUAGGUUCCCAGGUUGAUAUAUCUAAAAUGUCCUUGCCAGACAACACAAAAUUUGGAAUGAAACUUUAUUUAAAAUCAUAA